UUUAUGAUUUAACCUUGUAUCAUUUCUAUUUCUGCUUCCUAUUCUCUCUCUCUCUCCCUCAUUUCUUCUUACACACAAAACCAUCUCUGUUAAGAAUCAAUUCCCAUAAUUUCCCCUCGGAUUUCGUUACCUUGGAUUCUUUCUCUAACCUUUCUUCUCAUUUUCAUCUCUCUGUAUAUUAUCAUUAGAUAUAAAUACUGUAUAUAUAUGUACGGAGAAUUGAUUUUCCCUUUCAAUUCUCUUCUAUUUUUCCUGUCUGUAUAACCAACCCAACUCGUUUCUCCAUUUCUACAUUCCUCUCCUUCGAUUAGACCCAGAUUUAAGCUAUUUCUUGAUAACUGGAAUCCUUGGGUCUCCUUUACAUUAUUAACUCAUUCUUUUAUUUUAUUAUAUUUUUCCCCAAGUGAUAGGCAUUUUGUUGUAUUAUACGGGUAUUGAAGGAUUGGUAAUGGUUUGGUACUUUGAUGUUUAAUUUAUUUUAGACAAAUUAGAGAGACGUUUUGGGAAUUUUUUUUUUUUUUCUUUCCGAUUAUUGGCAUUUUUCUGGAUCUGGAGGUGAUUUCAAGAUUUGGGUUUUCGAUGAUAUGUUAUUUGUGAAUGUGGAAUUGGGUUAAGCGGAAAACCAAGGAAGAUUAUCCUUUUGUAGGAUAUUUUUUAUUUUGAGUUUGUGGAAGGGUUAAUUUUGGUUUGGGAAAUUGAAUAUGGAUCAUAUCGUUGGUGGAAAGUUUAAGUUGGGCAGGAAGAUAGGUAGCGGAUCUUUUGGGGAGCUUUAUUUGGGUAAUUUUUGCACUCCUUUUGUUGGUUUUUUUUUUUUUUUUUUUUCCUCAAAUUAUUCUGUUGGUGAAAUAUGUUUUUUUGUUCCAGGAGUAAAUGCACAAACUGGAGAAGAAGUUGCUGUGAAGCUGGAAUCAAUAAAAACUAAGCACCCUCAGCUUCAUUAUGAAUCAAAGAUCUAUAUGCUUUUACAGGGUGGAACGGGAAUUCCCCAUCUCAGGUACUUUGGAGUUGAAGGAGAAUACAAUGCCAUGGUUAUUGACCUUCUUGGCCCAAGCUUGGAAGACUUGUUUAACUAUUGCAAUAGGAAGUUCACCUUGAAAACAGUUCUAAUGCUUGCAGAUCAAUUCCUUAAUAGGGUUGAAUAUAUGCACGCAAGAGGAUUUCUCCAUCGUGACAUAAAACCUGACAACUUCUUAAUGGGUUUAGGGCGUAAAGCAAAUCAGGUUUACAUCAUUGACUAUGGUCUUGCCAAAAAGUAUAGAGAUCUUCAUACACACAAACACAUACCAUAUAGGGAUAACAAGAACCUUACUGGCACAGCUCGUUACGCAAGUGUUAACACCCAUCGUGGAAUUGAGCAAAGCAGAAGAGAUGAUCUCGAGUCUGUUGGCUAUGUACUAAUGUAUUUCUUGAGGGGAAGCCUUCCCUGGCAAGGACUGAAAGCUGGCACAAAGAAGCAGAAAUAUGACAAGAUAGCUGAGAAGAAAAUGCUUACACCUAUUGAGGUGCUUUGCAAAUCUUACCCAUCAGAAUUCAUGUCGUAUUUUCAUUAUUGCCGAUCUUUGAGGUUCGAGGACAAGCCGGACUACUCAUACCUGAAGAGACUGUUCCGUGACCUCUUCAUUAGAGAAGGCUAUCAAUUCGACUAUGUAUUUGACUGGACUAUCUUGAAGUACCCGCACAUUGGUUCCAAUUCUAGAGGGCGACAACAAACUGCACGAUUGCCUUUGAACCCAGGACCAUCUGUUGAGAGAGCGGAAAAGACUCCAGUGAAGCAGGAAGUUCGAGAUAGGUCUUCUGGUGCUUUGGAGACAUUUGUUCGAAGGAAUCAUUCUGGUACUGGUUUGCAUGGUGAGCAUUCAAGGCACAGGUCAGCAGCGGCAGAUAUGACAUUAUCCAAAGACACGCAAGCUGAUGCUGAAAAAUGGCGUGGGUCUCGGGCUGGUAGCUCCUCAAGGAAGGCUGUAGCGUCAAGCAGCAAGCCGAGCUCCACUGAACCCACCGAAAAUCGAACUCUGAGGCUGAGUUCAAGUAGUGGGCACUUGUCCUCCGCCCAAAGAGUGCAGCCUGGAUACGAGUCCAAAUCAUCGUCUAUCACGCGUAAUGCUGCCACUAAAGGUGGCGGGCAGGACGAGGCACUUAGAAGUUUUGAGCUUCUGGCUAUUGGCACAGGAAGAAGAAAAUAAGCACACUCGGAGCUCUGUUUGUGGUAACUAAGCAAUCUUAUCUCUUCGUCAAAAUUGUUCCCCCUACCCUUACAUGCACAUAGCGGUGUUUUUUGCUCACCGAUAAAAUCGUUGAAUUUGGAUUUCCUACCAUUUGUAUCUGCCUAGAAUUCUUGCCAUUAACUUCCUUGUAAAAUCUCCAAAAUGGAUGAAGUAUCUCACUGAAGGGUACUUGAUUGUGCAUUUGGGACUAUUACCUUAUUUUAGCAAUUUUUAUGUAAUCUGUUGCGCAAGUAAUAAGGUUCUUUUAAA